UCUCAGAACCGCAAGAACAUGGCUGGGCGAAAGGUGAUAGGUCUUUGUCUUGGAAUAGCCCUACAAGUACUGCUGGCAUCCGCUGCCCGCGACCAGAUGAGCAUGCUCUGCUCGGAUGACGACACUCCAGCGUGCGCCCAGAGUCGGGAAAAUGGAAUGUACUUCUUGUUCGCCAACGAGUGUGACCUGCGAAAGGCCCAGCGGGGCAACCUCAUGAAUGGCCCUCUGUAUGAUGUGGCUCUCCGAUUAUGCUUUCCCAGCUGCGAGUUCGAAUGUAGCUCAAGAUAUCAGCCAGUUUGUGGGAUCAGCUCGCGCAGUGGAGAGCGCAAGACCUUCAGAAGUCGCUGCGAAAUGAUGCGAACCGCUUGUCUCUCCCGAUCGGAUUGGAUGGUCCAGCAGUGGGGGGUAUGUCCCAAGGCCAAUACACUGCUCCAGAGCAGUCAGAAAGCACCUGUGCCCGUACCUUGCACCAGGAUCUAUCGUCCCGUUUGUGCCAUGUAUGCAGGAGUCAAGUCCACCUUCUCCAACGAGUGUCUAGUGAACGCCGAGAACAUCAAGACCCAGAGAAAUUGGCGCAUCGUUUCCGAGGGUCUCUGUGGCGAGGAUAGCACCAAGAUGAAGCACAGUCGCAAGCAGAAGCCAAAGACCAAGCUAAAGUCGGAUGCGGAACGCACCAAACGGAGCCACAAAGGCAGAAGGUUGUCCACUCAGGCGGAAGACUUCCAGAUACCGGAGGACGCCGUGCAGAUCUACGCCCCCUCGACCUUCCACACGCAGUUCAUCAGCCACACGGGCGCCAUGGAGAAGAGCUACUCCCUGCCCGCCAGGAAGCCCUACGUGGUGCUCCCCCCGAAAUCCAAGGUGCGUCGAGUCCCCGUGAAGUCGUGCGUCUUCGGCAGUGAGCCCGUUUGCGGCAGCUUUAAGGGUCAGACCCGCACCUUUUCCACUGUCUGCGAACUGAUGGAGUACAGCCAACAAGUCGGAAACGCAUGGACCAUUUCCCACGACGGAGCUUGUCGUCGCUGUGACAAGCCUUGCCCCACUGUGUAUCAACCCCUUUGUGCCACCCGCAAUGGCAUCAAGCACACAAUAAUCAACGAGUGCUAUUUGGAGCGAGUUCGCUGCAGGGAUCCAACAAUCAUUUGGAAGAUAUCCCACAAGGGUGAGUGUCCAAGGACCAGCGGGGAAGCCAAGGGAAUUUCCUCUGAGAUAAGCCGUCCACUGCCUUUGGUGCCACCUGUUUUAUAUGGAAAGAAUACCUCCACACUACAUAAUCGAUCUGCCAAAACAGUGCUAAAGAUUCCAUUCGCACCAAGCAAACCUCGUCAGCUAACGAAGAAAACUAUAAAGGCCACAUCGCCGUCCCUAGAAGCUAACAAUCGCAAAAUACGCAAAAUAGAGCUCGCCACUGCGGGAUUUUCGGGGUACGGUGUAUCAAGUGGCUCAAAUCAUGUCAGCACCGAUGAAGAUGCCUCCUGGUCCUCCAAUGACAACUGGCUGGUGCGAAAAACCCUCGAUAAUGUCAAGGGAUUCUUUGGAAAAAAGCCAACAUCCUUCAAGAAGACGCACGGCCAGAAACACCCUUCUUAUCACUGGACUGUCUCACCAAAAGGGACAAGUACCACCAGCACUGUUAGCAGUUCAACGAGCACCACAACAGCGGCACCACCUGCCAAACUACCAGCCAUUCUGAGCCUGGCAUCCACGGAGCUUUUAAAUUUGGACAUCGGAAAUGCCGCCAGUGCUUACGAAGAUGCUGACCAUGAAUUGCUGCUCAUGCUGACCACCAAAGAGGGCACCACUUCGACCUCAACCACACCCGUGCCAAGCACCACUGCGCCGUCCAGCACCACCGACCCAUCGACCACUGAACUGCCCAGCAGUGUGAGUACUGCAAGUGAAGACUCCACUUCCGAACCCGAGGAGACAACUGAUCCGCCAACCACCAGUUUUGACUCCAGCACCACAGUUGCCACGCCCACACCUUCUUCGACCACCGAAGCCGAGGAGUUGAACAGUCAAACCACCGGCAGCGAGUCGGCAACCACCGUGGCCUCCGACGAGUUGGCCACAACCACCCUGAACGCGGACUACACGGCGGAUGAGUCAUUCUCGGAGUCCAGUGGUCAGACUUCCAUCUACGGGCUCGACAAGAACUCUUUGAUAAUGCGAUUGUUGCGCGCUAGAAGUAAUCAAAACGUUCUCAUUUAGUUACGUAUUCCUUUGCUAAGAACUAAGUUUAAGUUGUUAAUUAAAGUAGCUUACAAA